AUGGGCGACGGCUCUGACUAUCCUAGUCCAAGAAGUGAGGGUCGCAACGGAGCUCUUGCUGCCUCUAUCCUUGCCUCUGCCUCUGAACAAUCACCUCCCCACCCCACAAUGUCUACCCACCACAGAUCAAACGAGUACGCAAUUGCCAAAGUAGACAACGAAGGGGGCAUGGGCUAUCUCAACCCCACGCGCGCAAGCGUCUCUGUCCGACGCGCUCGCGAUCCUCCCAAGAACAAUGAGGGUCAGAUUUUCUGUGACCAUCUGGAUUGUCAAGCUGCCCCGCCGACUUUCCGCCGUCCUUGUGAAUGGAACAAGCACAUGGACAAACACGAUCGCCCUUACAAAUGUUAUGAGCCUCACUGUGAUAAAAUCCAAGGAUUCACAUACUCCGGUGGUUUGCUACGCCACCAGCGCGAGGUGCACAAGAAAAACACCGAUGCUAAGAAGGCCUUGAUGUGCCCGUAUAAUGACUGCAACCGCAGCACGGGCAAUGGAUUUACACGCCAGGAGAACCUACGCGAGCACCUUCGCCGUCGCCACAUGCACGGUGACGAAAACCCUCCGCUUGUCGUGGAUCUGCCAUGGGACCGCGCAACUGAGUUGGAAGGUGUCGAUGGUGUAGGUGGGGUGCGCGCCCCAUCUCUCCCUACAACGGGUAUGAAGCGCCGAAACGACGAUCACGACGAUAAUUUGCCCGAGACGGACGAGAACGGUACCGAUAUCCACCAUGAAGUGAAGCGCCUGCGCCGUGAGGUUGAAGAGAAGGACCGCCGCCUGGAGGAACUGGAGCGAAUCGUUGCCGGUCUUCAACAAGCCAUUCCCCAGCAGUCUCCGACUGAGUCCGACUUGCAGCCUCUUGCGCAGCCCCCUCCCCAGACUGCGCCUCCUGUCUAA